CAACCACUGACUCCCAUCUGCUCUGACCACAGCCAGGGGCCACAUCCCACUGCCUGCCCAGCGCCCACCCAUGGAGGUGACCACUGUGUUCCCACCUCCUGCCUCACCCACCGAGGGAGAUGAUCUCUGUGAGAUUGAUGUUACUGAUGUGGCCAUAGACAGUGUGACACUGCUCAUCUGCCUCUGCGGGCUGGUUGGGAACGGGACUGUCCUCUGCCUUCUCCAAAGGAACCCCACCACCUUUUACAUCAUCAACCUGGCCUUUGCCAACUUCACCUUCCUCCACUUUGUGGUCCCUUCCACUCUGCUCUACCUGAAGGAGGAAUUGUCCUGCUCCACUAUCAUGCCCCUGGUGUUCCUGAGGGCUCUUUUCCCACUCCUGCUGUUCUCCUACAACCUGGGGAUGUACCUGCUGACAGCCAUCAGCAUUGACAGGUGUAUGUCUAUCCUCUACCCACUCUGGUACCGCUGCCACCGUCCCAAGUGCCUGUCAUGGGUGGUGUGUGCCCUGCUCUGGGCAUUGUCCAUCGCUGUCAUUGCCAUGGUGACUUCCCUGUGCCUGUCACACCAGCACAAGCACUGCCAGGUGUCUCUCACCUCCAUGUACGCCCUCAACCUCUUCCUCUUUGCCCCAGCCAUGAUCAUUUCCAGCACAGUCCUCCUCAUUAAGAUCAAGUGUGGCUCCCAGCAGCAGCAACCCAAGAGACUCAACACUGUUACUUUCCUCGUUGUGCUCUUUUUCCUUCUCUUUGCUCUCCCGCUCAGCCUCUCCAAUUUCCUACAGCAGCUCGGCUACACCGCUGUGUCCUCCCAGGUGGUUUUCCUACUCACCUGCAUCCACAGCACCAUCAACCCCUUCAUCUACUUCUUGGCAGGGAGGUGCUGGAGGUGCUGCUCCUUGGAGUCCCUCCGGCUCUCCCUCCAGAGGAUCUUUGAGGAGCCAGAAGAAAACACUGCCCACAGCAAUGAAGCCACCAUGGACACAGCCAACCCAGCCUGUUGAUCCCUUCCACUGCUCUGCUGAAGGACCUUGGCACAGAGGCUGAGGGUUUACUUGAGCCACCGGAUUAAUAAAUAUCCACAGGAUCACCCUCUCUGUGGUGCUGUAAUCCCGCAGGAAAAGGGAACAGGGGCAUUGCUGAGGGCCGUGUGGGAUGGAUGCUCUGUGGGGAGCACAUUUCCUCCUCUCUCACACCUCCUAGAGCACUAUUUCCCCAAACAGACCCUUCCCAACACGGCUGUGAUCCCAAAAUCCCCCUGGCACCUGGUUCCUGCAUCCCACUGUGGUCUGAUAUCAAAAAACAGCUUUGUUAAUGCUGAGCUGCCUUGGCCCCCUCUCCCCGCACUUC